AAUACUGCAGCAUGAAACAAACAAAUUUGGCAAAGAAGUCCGUCAAUAAACAGACUGCGGAUCUGGCUGUUAAACGUGCAAAUGUGCCAGCCGAUCUACAGCAAAAAGCCAACGAUUUCUUAAAUUCCAGCAAUGUGAACGCAAAAGAUCUAAAGGAAAUUGUUUAUCUCUUAGAAAAUCCUGACAGCAAUGCAGUUGGCGUUAUGCACGUGCUUGAAGUCAUCUUCAGGAAUCUGCUCAAGCGGAAAAUCAUUUUAGCUGUCGAAAAUAAAAAGAAUAAGGCAAAAGCAAAGGCCCAGGCAAAGGAAUCUAAUGCAAAAUGUCAAAUACUCUACAACAAAGCUUGGUCUUUAUUGCUGACUAACUUGAGCAGUACCUCCAAGGAGGAAGCUGGCGUUGCGAUCAAGAUUUGCAUGCAGCUGAUAGCAGCCGAAGCGAAGCACAGUAGCUCUAAUGCCUGGCCUGUUGAGCGGCUGCGCAGCAUUCUUGAGGCGCUGAUCAACUCGGAGGCAACGCCAACCGCAGCUCUGGCGGAGUUUGCGAAAUAUACUUGUUGCCUAGACGUGCUGCAGUUGACAUAUGAACUAUUGCCUGAGUUGGCACCAAAUAGUUUUGUGGAUACGCCAAAUAUAGCGUUUAACUAUUUGGCAAUCAUUAAUUUGCUGGACUUGGGGAAAACUGUGCUGAACGCCAAACAAUAUCAUAUUGGACCCGAGUCAAGCUUUGAUUACGAGCAAACGCGACAACUUCUAAAUACUGCUUGGAAUGGCAUCAUUGCAGCGUGCAGUGGGCUGGACGAGAAGGUGCAUCGCCAGGUUCUCGUGGUGCUCUUGGAACGCAUACUUCCACAUUUGGAGAAUCCCAUUUUGCUAACAGACUUUCUUAUGGAUUCACUGCAUCAGUUUGAUGGCCCCAUUGCCCUGCUGGCAUUGCAAGGCAUCUUUACACUGAUGCAACAGCAAAAUAUAACAUAUCCCGAUGUGUAUCAGAAGCUAUAUAACAUGUUCUAUCCACGCAUGUUCUACAAUAAGUACAAAGCGCGCCUGUUUUAUUUGGCCGAUAUAUUCCUGACAUCGACGCAUUUGCCGGAAAGUCUGGUGGCCGCGUUCGUUAAGCGUUUGGCUAGACUCGCCCUCAAGAGUCCAACGGAGGAUGCCAUUAUAAUGAUACGAUUCAUAUGCAAUCUCUUGCUGCGGCACACAGGUUUGCAGCGUCUCAUUUGUGCAACGGGAGCGGCAAGCGCUAUUGAGAUUGCGGAUCCUUAUGACGAAACAGAAGUGGAUCCGGUCAAAGCAGGCGCCCUGAAAAGCUCGCUCUGGGAGCUGUUGCUCUUACAGAAGCACGCGGUACCCGAUGUAGCCAAUGCAGCAAGAUUUAUCACCAAGAGUUUGCCCAUAGUUGAAUUUGAUCUAUCGUCGUUGCUGGAAAUGAAGGAAUGCGAUAUUUUCGACGAUGAAGUGAAGAAGGAAGCGAAACAUUUUACGAUGGCUCACGAGAGGCCAACAAAUUUUGGUCUACCACAAUUUGAUGUAGUUACCAAAUAUUGGGAUAUAUUAUAA